UGAACAACUGUUUUUCUACAUUAAUGACCUUGGUAAUUUCCAGGACAGUCUUAUUUUACCUGAUCACAGUCGGAAACUCUGUGGUUCGUCUUUUUUGGAAUAAGUCACGUUCUGUGAGCAGCUCCACGUUGGUGUAGUUGAUAUCAGGCCUGAGGCUCCUUGAAGAAGCUCUUCUCUCUGCUCUUCUACGGCCCUGGUUGUAAAUAGACUCUCAGACUGUAAUAUCCUGCUGCGUCGGGGCUGUUGCUGCUCAGGUUUCCAGCAGAUUUUUUUUUUUUUCAGCUUUAUGUGCCCUGGGAAAUAAAGUGAAACAACUCGAUGAGAUUAUAAUUAGUUUGGGAACACGGAGACGUGGUGUGUUUUCUUCAGGGCUACAGUCACUAACUGGAUUUCUUUUCUUUUUUUUCUUUGAAAAUCGUUCCUGUAAUAUAAUUCUCACAAAAACUACUGUGACAAGAGUUCAUGAUGAGUCAUGAAAAAUAAAUGUCGGUUUGGUGACGUGACGGUGUAAUAAAAACCUUUGAAGUGGUUCAGAUCAAACUUGUGUUCUGAUCCUCACUGGUCAACACGGAUAAUAUCAGUUAAGAAGAGGAGAAUUUCAAAGUUCAGAUUGCUCAAGGUGUGUUGUAGCCUCACCUCGUGUUGUAACUCUGAGUGUGUGCGCAUGUGUGUGUGUGUGUGACUCCUGCAGGGAAGUAUGUGUGUGAUUUGACUCAUCUCUGCUCUCAGCAGUAACAGCUCAGUCAGAGCUGCAGAGAUUCUCAGUGGUGUAAGAGCUCAGGUCAUGUGAGGAGCAUCAUUGUUUCCCUUCCUGUCUUUGAUCCUAUUGGCUGCUCUGGAGUCAUGAAUGUCACAUCAGCAGAGAAACACGAGGAGAAGUACGACUCCUCCAUGCCUCAGUCUGCUCUCCUCUUCUUCAGUGGUGUAUCAGAGACUUCUAGAGGAUAACCUUUGACCCCCGGUCACAGCUUGCUUCGUUGUGCGGACCAAGGACUACUUCCUUUAAAUGUUCUUUGAGGGAAAUAAUAAAAGAAAAGAAUGGAGCCAUGCUAGAUAACACUGUCAGCCUGCGGUGAGCUCAGGAGUUUGGACAGACAGGAGGAGUCAUGGCAGACCUGCCCAUCGCUCCAGGACAGGUCUACAUUGAGGUGGAAUAUGACUACGAGUACACGUCCAAGGACCGCCGCAUCAAUAUCAAACAGGGCGAGUGUUACAUGCUGGUCAAGAAGGCCAACGAGGACUGGUGGCAGGUCAGGAAGGAGGACGGGAGUAAACCUUUUUACGUACCAGCUCAGUAUGUCCGAGAGGUUCGCAAAGCCCUCAUGCCGCCGUCCAAACCUCUUCUCCACCCCCCCGCUGCCAGCAGCAACCCACCACCUCAAGGUGGGGCUGCACUCUGGGUAAGACCCACUACCCUGGAUCUCCAGGAUCGGCCCGGGGAGAACCUUCAGAGACGUGAGUCGAACACCCGACGAUCCCCCUCUGCGCAAACCUCCUCCUCGGGUCACAUUAGUCCGCCACCCCAUCGCAGGGACAGCACUUCUCGUUACGCCCCAGCCACCCCCACAGACCACGAUAAAGCUCUGCACGACAUCCUCAUACAGGGCGGAGGUCCUCAGCUGGUCCAAAGGUCCAGCACUCUGCCCCGAAACAGAGCUCGAUCCCCAGACAUGGCCCGGGCGCCGCUGGACGUGGACAGCACCCAACUGUUUGACUCCGCAGAAGAAGAGCGACGCACCAACGACUCGGAGUCGGGAGACGAACUGAGCAGCUCGUCCACCGAGCAUCUCCAGACGGUCUCCUCGUCAGGUCAGGGCUGCCCAGAGUCACCCGUCUACACCAACCUGCAGGAGCUGAAGAUCAGUCAGGCCAGCUUGCCUCCACAGCCCUCAGGUUCUCCUCUACAUGUUCUGGGUGACUGGGAGAUGCACAGAGACCAGAGCGGCAGACACUUCUACUACAACCGCUCCACCCAAGAGAGAACCUGGAAACCGCCCCGAGCCAGAGACGCCAGCAGCCUAAACUCCAGAGGAGAGAACCACAGCGCAGGAGAGAGUUCUGAGACCACUCCUCUCUCGCUCUCUCCUUCCAUCCUCCCCUUCCUUUCGCGCUCUAUCGGGGGACUCCAGCCUCUGUCCUCGGAGGACACCUGUCUCAGCAGCACCUACUGCAGCCACUCCGACAGUCAGUACGACUCGUCUCCACGCGGCUGGUCGGAGGAGCUGGACCAGUACGGCCACACCCUGUACGUCAGCGACUUUACCAACGAGAAGUGGUUGAAACACGUUGAUGAGCAGGGUCGACCUUAUUACUACAGUGCCGACGGCUCCAGGUCAGAAUGGGAGCUGCCAAAGUACAACGUCUCCCCACCCCAGCUUUCAGGAGACAUUUCCAAAACCCGCAGCCUGGACAGGAAACACAUGGAGCCCAUUGUCCUGACCAAGUGGAGACACAGCGCCCACUUCCAGGAGCCCACAGAGAAGCGCCUGUUAAAAUCCAGACGUGUCCGUGCGGCCUCAUUACGCCUGCACCCGUACAGGCAGAGAGAAGCAUCUCUGGGGCCUGUGCCCUCCUCUCCUGACUCUGACUCCUGCUCUUCAUCUCCCAAGCCCCCCGCCUCUCCGUCAGAGAAGUGUGGAGUUCUGAACGUGACGAAGAUCACAGAGAACGGCAAGAAAGUGCGGAAGAACUGGACCUCCUCCUGGACUCUUCUGGAGGGAACUACGCUGCUCUUCACCAAAGGACAAGGUGGAAGUGGCUGGUUUGGAGGUCAGUCCAAACCAGAGAUCACUGUGGACCUGAGGGGGGGCUCAGUGGACUGGGCCUCCAAAGACAAGUCCAGCAAGAAGCAUGUGUUAGAGCUGAAGAUCAGGCAGGGAACAGAGCUGCUGAUCCACUCAGAGAACGACAACGUCAUCAACGACUGGUACAGAGCCCUGCAGGAGACCAUCAGCACCCACGCCUGGGAGUCGGACGAGGCCAUAGAAGAAGAUCUGCCAGAAUCUCCUGGACCAGAGGGUCACGACAAGGAGAAGGAGCACAGAGACUCCAAGAGGGCCAGAGCCAUGAAGACCUCCACCAGCAUGGACUCCACAGAAAACAAAAAGACCAGACACAAGUUGAAGAAGUUCCUCACCCGUCGUCCCACGCUGCAGGCAGUCAGAGACAAAGGUUACAUUAAAGAUCAGGUGUUUGGCUGCAGUUUGUCCAGUCUGUGUCAGAGGGAGAACAGCACGGUGCCAGAGUUUGUCAUGACGUGCAUCGACCACGUGGAGAGCAGCGGUCUACGUGUCGAUGGUUUGUACAGAGUCAGUGGAAACCUGGCCAUCAUUCAGAAACUACGAUACGCUGUCAAUCAUGACGAGAAGGUGAACCUGGUAGAGGGGAAGUGGGAGGACGUCCACGUCACCACAGGAGCCUUGAAGAUGUUCUUCAGGGAGCUGCCCGAGCCGCUCUUCACCUUCAAGUUCUUCCACGACUUCAUCAACGCCAUCAAAAUGUCGGAGUACAAACAGAGAGUCCAGUCCAUCAGAGACCUGGUCAAGCAGCUGCCCAGAGCCAACCACGACACCAUGCAGGUUCUCUUCAAACACCUGAGGAAGGUGGUGGACCACGGUGAGGAGAACCGUAUGACCACUCACAGCCUGGCCAUCGUCUUCGGGCCCACGCUGCUGCGUCCUGAAACAGAGACCUUGAACAUGGCCAUCCACAUGGUCUACCAGAACCAAAUCGUGGAGCUGAUCCUGGUGGAGUACGAGAAUAUUUUUGGCAGGUAGACACAGGCAGCACACGGUUAGUGUUGAAGGUUCUCAAAAAAACAAAUCACAUAGCUCCUUCAAACGCAGCACGGUUCUGUCAGAACCAGUACCGGCCCAGUCCACCAUCAUCUUGCUUCACCCAAACCUCCAGACUGUGGGCCAAAAAAAGUUAGUCAACCAAACUGGUGACCAAAAACAUUCUUCCACAAGUUUCUCCUGGAGCCACAGUGACGGCGGUCCUCCUGUCCUCACACUGGACCUGGAACACACCUGGAUCCAGAACACAGACCCUGAGACUGAAGGGGCAGCAGGAGGAAAGCUCUGACCUCAGUGACUUCCACCUACAUCACCAACACUCCAGGGGAGAGGGAGGAGAAACCAGACGGUUGCUCUCAGGACAGCUCCGGACCUGGGUUUGGAGCUGGAACAAGAAGAAGACGACAAGUGGAUGGAGGCUUCUGGAAACUGAUUGAUUUAUUUUUUUUAUAAACACAUGAAAAUCUCUUCCGUUAGUUUGGUUAAUUCCAGGUCAGACAUCACGGUGUCUCAGCAGAUUAACGACCUGGGCCGUGACCCACCUGUGAUAUUCAACCUACUCUGAAUCCUGAUGUGUUUCACCGUGAGUCUGCAUCUGGACCAGUGUUUGGUCACAUGACCUAUUUCAUUCCUCCCGCCAGCAGCAGGUCAUCUCCGACCUGGUUUGGACCUCUUUUAAAGCAGCACUGAUGCUGUUUCCUCUGAGUUAUUUUUUUUAAUUCCUCAUUUUCUGUCUUUAUUCAUUAGUGGUUUUCUUUAUGUCGGAGCUACAAUCACCUGAACCUGACACUAAAUCUCUCUGUCCCAGAAACAUGGCUGCCUGGAGUAGUUAACUAAAGGCUCAUCAAAUAUUAAAUUAUCGUCAUGUUAAAUCAAUCCACCGGGAGGCGUACGCUCACCACUCGACUGCUCUCUCUGGAACCUGGAGUGAUUGAACCGCCCACUGGACUGUCCAUCAACAACAGGGGUUUUUUUUCAGACUGAACUGUUUAAAAUCCUUCAUCUUCGUUAAAGUCAGAUGUAAAGGGAAAUAAAGUGAGGAGAUGAGGCAGCGUUCAACCUGCAGCUUCAGCCUCUCUCUGAGAGACAGACCAACAAAGCAGCGCCUCCUUCAGUCCUUCCUCUGAAAAAUAAAAAAAAAACUUGAACUGGA